AAUCGUUCUCUGUUAUUAAUUCUCUACUUCAAGUACCAACUCCAAAAACAUUCCCUGUUCAUCAUUUACAAGCUAACCCACUUUCUCUUUCUUCUACUCCUAUAAUUCCAUAGACUCAGCAACUGUCUUAAUACCCACAAUCAAGAAAUGGACUCGGACUUGGGAGAUCCACCAAAGGAAUAUAGAGAAGGCUAUGCAUUAAGUGGCAAGAUAAUGCUAAGUGCUGUUGUUAUUCUUUUCCUUGUUAUCAUUUUAAUGGUUUGUCUGCACCUUUACGCUCGCUGGUACCUCAUCCGCGCACGGCGGCGCCAUAUCCGCCAUGCCCGCAACCGCCGUAACCAUCUUGUAUUCUACGUCGACUCUGCCCACAACCCUACCAUUGUCACAACUGAAGUCACACGUGGCCUUGAAGAGACCGUCUUAAAAUCGCUUCCUGUUUUUGUGUAUUCAGAAAAAACCCACCAAGAUUCGAUGGAGUGUGCGGUUUGUUUAUCCGAUUUUCAAGAGAACGAGACGGGUCGGACCUUGCCUAAAUGUAAUCAUAGUUUCCACAUCGAGUGUAUUGAUAUGUGGUUUCAUUCUCACUCCACGUGUCCUCUCUGUCGCUCUCCGGUUGAGCCGGUGACGGAAAACCCGGUUCAAGAGGGUUCAGGUUACGGGAUUUCUGUACCGGGUUCGAGUUCCAGUACGGGUUCCACGCGUCAGCAUGAGGAGGAUAGUGUGGGUUCGGCUUCUACGUCGUCAUUUAAUGACAGAAGGAAACGCGUGGAGCUUUUCGGGGUGACCAUCGAAGUGCCUAGAAGAAAUGGGAAUUUUGAGGAUGAGUCAAACACUGAGUCACCAUCAGCGAGUCACGCGUUUAGAUCGCCAAUGAGUCGGAUGCUGUCGUUUAAGAGGAUGCUAAGUAGGGAAAGAAGAGGCACUGCGUCUCCUAACGUGGCUAGCUCUGUGAGUUGCGGUGGUGAGUCGGGGACGACUGAGAUGGAUAUUGAACGAGGGCAGGAUGAGUCGAUGCCUCAGCAAACUCGGUGCUAAAAUCAGCGGUGGAUGAUUAAAAAGCUACGUGGCGGUUGUCUCAUGCAGAAAACAGGCGGCGAUUUUCAGUCGCUUAAGUGGGGCAGCGUGUGGGCACUCGUUGGACGCCGCCUUGGGCUCAAACGUUUAGCUUUGACUUGUGUAUAAUGAAAUGAAUAUCUUCUUAUUAUUUUUUCUCCUCCUUGAUAAUGUCUACUAUGAUUUUCAUUUACAGAGAUUUAGAUAAUGGUCGUUUUGUA